CCCCCUGUUCCCUCACACACCACACAUCCAACAACUGCUGCGGACUUCUUCGCCUUGGCGAGUGCUGAUCAAGCAAGAUCCUGAGAAGCCAUCAUCGUCCGACAAAGCACCCCAGAAAAGCUCAUUCCUCACUUCGCCAAGCCGCUUCCCGAUUUUCUCUCUCUACACAUCAGGGCAACUUACGGCACGUGACGCAUACACCGUCUCUUUUUCCGGGCGUCACGGCGGGGGAAAACCUGGGUUCUGCCGCCUUCGAGCUCUCGAUAAUCAAGAACAGCAAUAGCACCUAUUCAACGGCCGGUCUGCACUUGCCACGGUUUCACACGUUGUUGACCAAGAUGCUGGCCUAUGCAGCGAAAGCUGUGCUGGGAGAGAAGCGCUUCGAGGCGUCGGAAGCGGCCGUUGAAUGGACGGGUGCCCGUGACGGUAGUGGUCGUUCGUUCUGGUACAACGGGGUAACACACGAAGCCACGCUGGAAGACCCCAGCAAAAACGGGAGCUACGCCCCGCCGUCGUCGUUGUCGUUGCCGUCGCAGCUGCUGCAGCGGCAAUCCGCAUCGCCCGUGGCGGUGACGCCGUUCCGGAGCGGGUGCAGGACCCAGGCCGACGCGUGCGUGACGCCGGCGGAAUGCGGCCGCGUGACGCCUCCGUUCUACGGCUGCACAGCCCCGCCGGCCGACGACCGACCCAUCAGCGGCUACGCGUCGCCGCCCUACAACGGCUACGUGUCGCCCCCGGUCAUGACGCCGCCCCACGUGCGCGGGUACUUCUCUCCCGGCACCGGCGGCGUGUCGCCCCCGUGCGGGUACCGGUGCGACCAGCAGCUGCCGCCGCCGCCGCAUCAACACGCCUACCCGGUGCAGAACCAGUCCUCGUGCUUCGCCGCGGGGCAAGCGUGGGAAACACUGCCACGCCAGCCGCGUCGCGCUCGGCGGCAGAGGCGUAGUAACUCCUCCGUUCCGCCAUCCGCGGCUACUGCCGGCGGCGAUGGCAGCGGCAGCGGCGGCUACCGGUGGGACGAAUGCUACAAGGAAACCGAUGGGAAAAAGUUCUGGCGCCACAAAGAGACGGGCGUCAUCAUCACAGAAGACCCCUACCACUAAAAGAAAAGGCCGAGGGGGGCGGAGGGCCCCCCCCCCCCGUCCCCCCCUGGAGACGCUCGACACGAGAACCUCAAGGGCUAUCAAGUGUUGGAGAUCUUUCGAUGUCCACCCUUCGUCGCAGCAGCGAACAGGGACAACGUCGUCGAAGUGAAGCAAACACAGUACGUCGUCCGUCUUGGCUGCAGCCUUUCCCUAGCGAACUGAAUGCAACGAACACACCCAUUGCGGAUGAUCUGCAGGACGUUCGCGGUACCUCCGUGUUGACUGUCGUGGUGCAGAGCAAUGCCUGCAGCAGUGUCCUCUUGAGAGUAGAUGGGUCUAGCGCCUGUUUCUCAACGUCGUACGCCGCGGACAUAUUGCUAGGUGCAACGUUUGUGGUGGGCUACCCUGGGUACAUGCGUGGUGGCUCGGCUUUGGGGACCCGGCAAAGCUGUUUGGCCGUCUGAACCCCUUUGCUCUCGGUUGGUGAUGUCUUGUGGAUAACGCACAAGAAGGAAGUGGAAGCUUCUGGCUUCCGAAAAUAGCGUUAGUAUGUCAUACAAUAUUGACGCGCCAGGAGAAGAGAGAGCAUUGGCAAAAGUGGAUGUUGCGCCGGAAAAGUGGGAUGCGAUGUGUGUUUUCGAUCGCCUGGGUGGUAUUGGGUUUCACCGAAACAUCCCUUGUCCUAUCCUCUGCAGCAAGACGGUGCCGAGCGUUGUCUAAGGGGAAGUUUAUCAGAACGGUUUCCUGGUGUACGCUUGUUGAGGGAAGUAAUGUAUUUGCUGUUUGCCCGUGUAAGCAAGAUAGGUGGUGGUGCGUCAUUGUCAUAUGUAGUGAUCGUCCGGGUCUUCUCUGCGGUGACUGUUCAGGUUUAAGGUGCGGAAGCAUCUGGCAUACGAUAUAUCCUACGGCUCGCCCCCGCCUCCCGAUUGUCUACUAAGCAGAUUCACCAGUAGUAGUUCGUGAUGUAGCGUAGUUGUUCGGGCCAUCCCUUUGUUGAAGGCCCAGACUUUUUGUCAACUGGAAGCGUCUACUGUAGCUCUAGCGUUUCUGCGAUAACUUCUGUCCCCCCUCCCGCCCUCCUGGGGAUCCUAGUUAUUUUUUUCGAUUGGAGGAAAUGAAGUAGUUUUGGGCAAAAUCGGAGGUCCUUGGACUGCCGACUUUUUGUUUGCUCUACAGUAUUAAGUAGUAUUUGUCAAAAUAUGAGAUAUUUUGUGGGGUGUGGGGGUUGGUUUUGCUGCUCUGACGAUUUCGCGCAUACCUCUGUUGGUUCUGGAUAAGUUUCGGCGUUUGGGGACGGGAGUCUCGGUAGGUCAUUAGGUCGCUGUCGUGGUUCUAAUGACCGAAAAGAAUGUCCGCGCUAUUGUAGUUUCAGGUAUCUGUUCCCUCCGAACUUGAACUUUGCUUUGUUAUUUUUUCUUUGUUUUCGUUCUUGUCGCUGCCAACUAUGCUUUUUCUCUUCUUUUUCAACUCAUUUUUUGUGGGCGCCAGUCCCCAACUAUCGGUAUGUCUAUUUUACACACCAUCAGUUGAGGCGCCCAAUUUUUUUCACGUUCGUCCCCGCGGUGCCAUGCCUUCGACUCUCCAAGGUUCCCAGUAGUCUGUUCUCUCUUUUUCGUGUUUGCUCGCGACUUCCAUGCGCUUCCCAUCUGCAGAUCGCGAUUUUGGUGUCCCCAGAGUUUCGCUGUAGUCUACGCUGUUGGCGUUUGUCGUUUAUCCUCAGCGGAUUCCACCACAGCCUGUUUCUCUCAUCACGGCGCUGCUCUCUCUCUUUUUAUGGUGUGGUCUGACGUCGCGACAAGUUUUUUUUCGGUGCUGUGUUUUGAGAACGUCCUCUAAGGUGAUGCUUUCCCU